AUGCUGUCCAGCGGCUUCCUGCGGGUCCUCAACGCCGCCCUGACACUGGAGCAGCCCCAGGCCCUGGCAGUGGCCUUCGACCCGUGGCCGACGCCCGACGGCGCCCCGCCGCCACCGACACCGCAGCAGCAGCAGCAGCAGCAGCAGCAGCAGCAGCAGCAGCAGCAGCAGCAGCAGCAGCAGCAGCAGCAGCAGCAGCAGCAGCAGCAGCCACAGCAGCCUUUGGAAGGGGCCGCCGGGGUCGCGGAUGGGUUGGCAGGCGCCGGCAGGACGAAGGGCGGGGGCAGGGCGGUCGCCGAGGAGUCGGCGCCCAGGAGCGCUGCUGCCAGCGGAUUUGAGGUCGACAUGCGCAACCUGCGGGCCCUGCUGGCCGGCAUGAGGAUCCAGCAGGGCAGCGGCCCGGGCCUGAAGGGGCUCGACAUCAUCGCCUCCGCGGCUGCCGCCGCCGCCGCGGCCGGCUACGAGGUGGUGGUGGUGUCGGGGGACCGCAGGGCCUGGCAGCUCGUGGAUGACGCCCUGGGGGUGCGUGUGCGCACGAUCCCGGCGAUGCCACCGAGCAUGGGGGCCGGGACGGGCAACAUGAUCGAAAUCGGGGGAGCGCAAGUCCUGGCCAAGAUUGGGGCGCCGCCACAGCUGGUCGCCGACUGCCUCGCGCUGGCCGGCAACGACGACCAAAGGGUGCCGAUCCCAGGCAUCCCGGGCAUCGGCCUUGCGACCGCGGCCGGCCUGCUGCAGCACCACGGCUCCAUCCCUGCGCUCCUGGAGCUCGCGGGCGCGGGCGACACGGGCGCGGCGGCGAGGCGGGCGCGCGGGCCUGUCCGGGCGGCGGGGGCGCUGAAGCCGUCGGUGGCCGCGAAGCUGAGGGAUGGCAGGCAGCAGGUGCUGGCGGCUUAUGAGUUGGCAAAGGUCAAGUGA